AAUAUUUCAAAUCGUUGAAAAAAAAAAUUGUUUUCCGAAAUGUUUGUUCGACGUUAAACUUUUUUUAUACAAUUUUCCAUCAAUAUUCUUUUCAUUAUAAAUAACCAUUCACAUUUAAUUCACUCAUUUAUAUUUAAUAAACAAAAUAUUUUCAUCGGUUCUCCUUCACCAACACGGCGCCCUGUGCAGCACCACUGAAUAACAAAAAAAAAAAAAUUACAAAAUAAUGUCCAUCAAAAUAGAUCGAGCUUCGAUUCAAAAAUUGGGCCAUGAAACCCAAGAAAUACGACUUCGCACUCUCGAGCAAAUUGAAAAUAAAGUCGCACGUGCCUUAAUUCACAACGAACGCAUUGAUUUCCGUCCAGGUGAACUGAUCAAGUAUUUAAUAAGAUGGUUUGCCUUUCAGCCUCUACAAGCCAAGGAUAUUGUAUUAAAUUUAAUCAUGAGAAUUCUAAAAAGCCCAUACCGUCAAGAUGUCAUCGACUACUUGGGCGAAGAACGUCUCAAAAAAGAACUGGGUAAAGUAAAAAUUCUGGUCAAAAGCACUCCCGAAGUGCAACUAGUCGGUGAGAUUUUAACCAUGCUCGAAAACGAUGUCAGCGAAGUCAUAGAAAUAAGUGAUACCUUAAGUAUCUCGAGCAGUUACGAUAGUUUGUCAAUUCGAGAUCUGGACAGCGAAAGCCAAGCCAAUGGUAUGGGCUAUGAAAUUGCGUGGUCCAAGGCUUCUGUUCCAGAUUACAAUUCCUUGAAAGUCAUAAGCGACAUUUUAAAAAAUAACAAUUCCGCUUCAGAUUUGCACAAUGCCCUGCAACAUAUACAAAUCACAAUUGACGAUUACCCUUCCGAGUAUUUCCUUCAGCCCCCUCAUAUAUUCCAGAAUCUCCUUGAUUUGUUUGAAAGUGGAAGCUGUGCUUUUGAAGAUUUAUCGGAGACAUUUAUAUGUUUUUGCAAAUCACUACUUGGUAGGCUAAAAACGAGAAGAAAAGCUGUCGCUUUUUUCACAUCGAAGCCAGGUGUUCCCGUCAAAUGCCAGGUCAGUGUGUCGACAGUUUGCUUUCGACUGCUAGAACUAUGCAUGACUUAUCUUAAAUUUAAUUUGUUUAACAUGGAAAAGGGUACUUUUAAUGUGUUUCGAAUGAUUAUGGAAGUCUUUCGUAUAAUCGAAAUGCUUCCUCCGGAGGAAUCUCCGGCAGUCGAAGUAUUUUUCGAAGAACUAAGCACAAUAGCCACAAAGCUUCGAUUGUCAUUCGAGGAAGAUAGCUUUCCAGUGAUGAAUCGUGUCAAAUAUCUUCUUGUUCUCUUCACUAUGAGAAAAAUUCUUGGAAACACAAAAUAUAACAGCAUUAAACCUGGGCAAGAAUUAAAAAUAGCUCUGUUGGAUCUACCGCUAUCGAAGUUGCUACCAGAGCAAUAUGCUCAUAUUAUGAACAUAUUUAGCGAAAAUUGCGAUUUGGAUUUACGGAAUUUACUGAAUGCUUCAGAAACCCUCAAAUAUUACGCUAACAUUGAAAACAGUCCCGAUACAAAUACUUUAGAGCAAAGUAUGGAAAUAUUACAGACAUUCUCAAUUCACGAAAGCAUGGAACUGAUUAAGAAAAUAUUUAAAGCCAUUUUAAAGUGCGUGCCACUCUACGCAGGCAAUCGGCAACUUAGAAAAAAAGCCGAUGAAAUUCUCCUCCGGAUGUUCACUCAUCACAGCUUGCAAGUAAGAAUAUUUACUUAUACGGAAUCUGCAAAUGCGAUGAAAAAAUUCUUUGCUUCUCUUUUGAACGGAGAGUGCGCUUUUGCUGGACAAAAUAACAUCAAACUUGUUAACGAUCAAAUUCUUGGCUUUCCACUAACAACAGAGCUUAUCACUGAAAUUGCAACAUCUGGCUUUGAAAAUACAUCUUUGCAAAAAUUAGCCGAAGAUAUACUUUUUCUUCCUAUAAAAGGACGUCAAAUACUAGCGGAGGGUUGGUCUAAAAUUAUGGAUAUCAUAUUGCCAAACAUUCCAAUUUAUCAGUGCCUUAUUGAAUCGCAGAAGAUUACAGAUGGUAUUCUUAAACUUCUCGAUCCAGAUGCAGAUUGUUUGCCACAUUUAGACACAUUUCAGGGUAAUUUACGUUUUCUUUUCCAUCCUGAUGCAAAUAUUCGUUCUGAAGCUCUCGCUCGCACAAUGUAUAUUCUCACAUCACAGCCAAGUGCCGGUGGAAUGUUGCCAAAUUUAAAUGAAAUAAGUGACAUUAUUCCUAAUGAUUGUUGCUUGCAACAGGUUCCACGAGAAAUUGAACGAAUCUUCUGCGGGGGAUUUUAUGAGACGUCGAUCGUUGCUAAUCUAAUGCAACUCCUGAUGGCUCCAGAUGUUGAACCACAUAUCCGAAAGACUGUUCUUAUGCAACUGAAUGUGGUAGGUCAAGAGGAGAAUUUAAAUCGGUUAAUAUUUGAAGCUGGCGGUUGGAUGGCUUGUUUGCAAUCUCUACAAGGAGCUCUUCAAAAGCAAUCGCAUUUUGACUAUCCAGAUUCAAUUGUUCCGAUUGUUGGUAUUUUAUCGAAGCUACUUUUUUGCGAUACUCAGUUUCGCCAAGAAUUAUCCAAGGAGGAAAAUGUUUACAUUCUCUUAACACGAAGUCUGUUUCUAUAUGUUAAUGACAUAGCUCUGAAACAGGAUGUAUCGCUGUGUUUGUUUCUUCUUCUAUUCAGCUCAUUUAUUGUUGGAACAAAACACCUGACUGUUCAGAAAGUCUUACAGAACCUUCGGCUACCAGUAAAGUGUCAAGCACAGACUUUAUGCAACGAAAGAAAAAAUGUAUUGGAGAAAUUAUAUCUUGGAGAAGAAUCUUCAACAAUAGCAGAUAUCAUAUCUUGCCAACGUUUUAUUAGAAUGACUGUAGCUGAAUUAAGAUUCAAAGGGUCUUUAGAAUCUGCCAAAUUAUCAACGGACUACAUCCCUAGCUUGACGAAAAGCGACAUGCGUUUAAUCAAAUCCACUUCAAUGACUGAGAAUAUUGCGAAAUUUUUAAAAUACGCCUCUAAUGCAACUGAACACGAACAAAUUGUUCAUAGUAUAACAUCAAUGCGAUUGAUACAGCUUCUUUGUGGAGGAAAUGCGAUGAGUUCUGAUUUAGUAACAAAAACUUUUCGAAGAUUUAUUCUCAACACAAAUCAAUUGGUUUUGCUAGAGGAUUCAAUGGAACUUUUUUCAACAUUAGUUCAAGUGAAUAAUGAAACUAUAAUAAAUUGGUUACUAUCAAUUCUUGGUGAAGAACAGGCUCCUUUAUUGCGUCUUCUUUCAAAUGAAGUAGAAACUCCGCUUAGUCUUCAUCGAAAAAUAUGUGGCCUUUUAUCUGAAGUAUUUCAAAGAGCCCCAUCUUCUAUUCGACCACAAAGCCUAGAACUCGAUGUCUUUAAUACGUUGAUGUCAAUGACAGAGGAACACUUUAAAAAACGUGAUUUGGAUCGAACACGCUGCGUUUUGGGAGUAUUGCAAGUCCUUUCAGGACGUCGAUCUUUACAAAAGCUUUUGAGUAGGAAGCAAGUAUAUUCUACUGUCAAAAAACUUUUCUUUUUUACCAUUGCGCUAAAGUCGUUUACCCAGACUGGAUCUGAUUUGCAAAAAAACGCACUGUUAAUUAUUUCUAGCCUAUCGUCCAUAACUCCGGAUUUUCAACUGAAUGGUACAUAUUUAAAGUAUUUAUCAGGUUUGGGAGGACACAACGAUUAUCAAGUACGAACGUUGGCAUGGUGUAUACUUGCCCGCAUUGCUAAGAAUGAAGAUGGGGUUGAAGCCCUAAUAAAAGAGUUGGAUUUCCUACCCGGAGGUUUUCGAGCAUGUUGUUUGAGCACACUUCUCGACGUUUCUGAGGUUGCAAUGGUAAGGCAGUUGGCAGGUCUAUUAUUUGCCGAUUUACUAAAUAAUGGAACUCAAUUCGAUGAAGUUCACGAAACCGUUCAAAAACAUGAUUUUUAUCGAAUCGCUCUGGGAUCUCUGAGGUACUUUUACCCAGGAGAACUUUUAUCAACAACAGAUCAGCGCGAAGAGAUAACAACAUGCGAUAUUGUUCGUGCCUACUGCAAAAUCUGUAUCCAACUCAUUGAACUUAAGUCAUCAUUUUGUGCAGAAUUAUGUAAGAAACCAAUAAUGGGAAAACUAUAUCAACUGAUAAAGUGUCCGCCGGCUAAAGAAGAGCCUCAAAAGUCAUUUGCAUCUAUGGUGGGUGAAAUUUGUAACCUCUAUUCGCGUUUUAGUCGAAGUCACUUGGCUUUCCUUCAAACCACUCUCUGCCGGGAUCACGAUUUCCUCAGCUAUCUUUGUUCGUUCCUUUGCACAUCCCAUCCUCAGCAACAUCUGAUGAGUAUGCUUAAUCUUCUUAUGGUAUUGUCCAAGGAUCAAACUGGUUUCCAAUAUAUUUGCGAGAGUUUUGCUGGAAACUCCGAAAAAAUAGUCAACUUAGUAACAGUUUCCUUGGAUACAUCUUUAUCUAAUUCAUUGUUGCAGCCCACUUGUCUAGCCUUCAUCACUUUCUUGCUGAUCAAAUGUCAGCAACGAAACGUCGAACAUGAAUGCUUCAGUGACACACUGGAAACAACCGUCACAGAACCAGCGCAGAUGAAAUAUGCAGCUCAAGUGAUAUUUCUACAACUCAAUAAACUGCUGGUGCACAACUACCCGUUGAAAAUGGAUAAAUUUGAAACUGCUCCCAGUGCAAUGAAAGUGCUGCUUUGCGAAGCUAUAGCAGUUCUAUUAAAAACAUCUGAAAAGGCCCGAAUAACGGCUAAAAACAUAAAAUUUCUCGAUAGAAUUUUGUUGAUAUUUAACACAUUCUUAGAAAGUAUUCAAGUACCUUGCACAACUUUUGUUCGACGAUAUAGUGAGACCAAGAAAUUAGCUGUCAUCAAACAUUUGAGUCUUCUAUACGGAAUCAUUUUGAAUUGGUUUUCAGUAGAUGUUCUGACCGAUGAACUUCAAGUAGUGGAGCUAACUAAAGUUCUGAUUCAAACUUGGCCGUGGCAAAAUCACUCGAACGAUAUUCGAAUUUUGUAUCUCAAGACAUUGGCUUUCUUGAGUGAGAAAUCAGUACCAAUGUGUCGACAAUUUUCCCUUCCAACUGCUAGUAAUUCAAGUACGCUUUUACAGAUGCUUCUCAAGCUACUUACCAUGGAAACAAACAAGGUCAAAAGUGUAGAUUCUAAUUCAGUACCGCUAAUAAAAAUUGGCCUCCGAACCAUUAUGAACUGCUGCUCCUGCCAAGAAGGCCGAUUGGCUCUCAUCAAAUUGCAUGCGUUGGAUAUAUUCGAUAAUGUGCAUCCAUUCAAUCCAAAAUCACCGAAAUCGAAGAAUGAUAUUCUUGUAGCGUGGGUAUCGUUUUGGGAACUUUUCUCUCGAUAUCCUGAAGGAGCAGUCAGUCGUAACAUAAUUGGGCUCUGUACAGUCAUUAAUAAGUGCCACGAUCCCUCGCUGCGACUUAUUGGAUUGAAAAUUCUUCGCAAUAUGACAUUCCUGCCAAGUAAUCGCACUAAUUUGCUUGCUUCGGCUGAUUUUUUGUAUACCGUCAAUAAUAUUAUUACUAACAGUGAAUGCUACUCGGAACGGUUGGUCACAUGCACUGCCGUAUGGCGACUAAUAUCUGGAGGAGCUAAAUAUGCUGCGACAAUAAAAAAUACUAAAAUGACAAAAAAACUAAAAACGAUACUUGAAGAUUUAAACGGCGGAGAGCUUCAACACAGUGCUAAUCGAGGUCAAGCUAAGGAUUUGGCAAAUGUUAUCGAGAUUAUAUUAAGAAUUUUGAAUAGCUAGCGAUUUGUCUUAACCUUCUAUAAUACUAUUCUAUCAAGAUUUUUACAAUUUAAAACACAAUAAUGCAUCUUUAUAUUUUGUUUGUGUCUUUUAUGUUUCAUUAUGCUAAAUUAAGUUUUUUUCUUUAUAUUUAACUUUUUUUCAUGAAAA